UUUCGGACCCGCGGCAUGGCCGCGCGCUGGUGGCGGUGGUGGCGCGGCUGCUCCUGGAGGCCGGCGGCGCGGAGCCCCGGGCCCGGCUCCCCAGGCUGUGCGGGGCCGCCCGGGCCGCGCGCCGCUGCCGACGCUCGCGCGCAGAUGUCCUAUUUUAAUCUUGUGAAGAGCAUAACAUCUGCCUUUCGAAAUGUGUACAGUAUAUCACGGUUUCAUCACACGACACCAGGGGUGUGCUGUUGUAGUAAGACACAGAGUGAUGAGAAAUACAGCGAUCCUUUUAAACUCGGCUGGAGAGACUUGAAAGGUCUAUAUGAAGAUAUUAAAAAGGAACUGCUCAUAUCUACAACGGAACUUAAGGAAAUGUCUGAGUACCACUUCGAUGGAAAGGGAAAAGCCUUUCGACCAGUUAUUGUGGUGCUAAUGGCCCGAGCAUGUAACAUUCAUCAUAACAACUCCCGAGACGUGCAAGCCGGCCAGCGCACUAUAGCCUUAAUUACAGAAAUGAUCCACACUGCUAGCCUGGUUCAUGACGACAUCAUCGACGACGCCACCUCCCGAAGAGGAAAACGCACAGUUAAUAAGAUCUGGGGUGAGAAGAAGGCUGUUCUCGCUGGAGAUUUAAUUCUUUCUGCAGCAUCUAUAGCUCUGGCACGGAUUGGAAACACUACUGUUAUAUCUAUUUUAACCCAAGUAAUUGAAGAUUUGGUGCGUGGUGAAUUUCUUCAGCUAGGAUCAAAAGAAGAUGAGAGUGGGCGAUUUGCCCACUACCUUGAGAAGACCUUCAGGAAGACUGCAAGCCUGAUAGCGCACAGUUGUAAAGCAGUCUCUGUCCUAGGGUGCCCUGACCCAGCAGUGCACGAGAUUGCCUAUCAGUAUGGAAGGAAUGUGGGGAUAGCAUUCCAGCUCGUGGAUGAUGUACUGGACUUCACCUCGUGUUCCGAAGAGAUGGGCAAACCUACGUCCGCUGACCUGAAGCUCGGGUUAGCCACUGGCCCUGUCUUGUUCGCUUGUCGGCAGUUCCCAGAAAUGAACGCUAUGAUAAUGAGACGGUUCAGUUUGCCGGGAGACGUGGACAGAGCUCGACAAUACGUAUUACAGAGUGACGGUGUGCAGCAGACAACCUACCUCGCCCAGCAGUACUGCCACCAAGCAGUGAGGGAGAUCAGUAAACUCCGGCCAUCCCCAGAGAGGGACGCCCUCAUUCAGCUUUCGGAAAUCGUACUCACAAGACAGAAAUGAUGACUCUUUCUGCUCUUUCUGGCAGCUACCUUACCAGACUGUGCCUAAAAAAUUUGUGGAAUAUACUUUGUUUGCUUCAUGUGCAGAUAACCAAAAAUCAUUUUAAAAAAUAAUUGCAGGGCCAGGGAUUUAGCUCAGUGGUUCCGCCGCCUGCCUCGCAAGCGCAAGGUCCUGAGUUCGAUUCCUGGUACCAAAAAAUAAAAAAAAUAAUUUCAACCUUAUGCUUGGGCAGUUUUUUUUAUUGGCAUAGUUUUUCAGAAAACUUUUUAAAUGUAAUUAAACCACCUGAGUCUGUCGCUGUAGUCGUAUAAAGUCUAAUCGAGGUAUCUUGAUGUUUAUAUGUGGUAUUGUUUACAUGGUUAAUAGCCACAUGUGAAGCCACUGCACAAAUAAAUGAUCAAUGUUAAAAUUCA